AUGGGCGGGUGGGGAGGGGAAAGGGUGGUCGGGAAAACCCAGCGCCCUGCAAGUCCCGGCUCCCCCAGCAGGGAGACGUGCCUCCACCCCCGCCCUGCCCGCCCCCCUCCCUCCCCGCCCGCCCCGCCGGCUUCCCCUCCCCGGGAUGCUCCGCCGGCCGCCGCCGGCAGCUUGCCCGCGCCGGGGGCUCCCCGGCCGGCGCUCACCGCUGAGCCCGGGGCUCCCUCCCACCCCGGCGUGGGGAGCGGGCGGCGGAAAAAGUUUGGAGCCGGGCGCGGGGGUAGAGGCGCCGGGCGCUGCCGGGGGCGCUGCCGGAGCCGGAGAGGCGGGGAGAGCGGCGUGGCAGCGCAGCCCGGGGAUUGCAUCUCCCCCCUGCCCGCCGCCGCUGCUGCUGCAGUGAUUUUUCAAGCCCAUCGAGGCAGUCCCUUGCGCGCUCGGCUCCCCUCGUCUCUCCCUCCCCGCCCGGGCUCCUCCCGGCGGCGGCUUUCCCCCGCUCGGCCCCGGCGGGGCCGGCCCGGGCCGGGGGCGGCCCCCGCGGCGGCUCGGGGAGCUCCGGCGGGGCCGGCAGGCGCCGCAACCGCCCGCUGCCCGCACCCGGGAGCGGGACCAAGCCGAGGGGGAGGCGAGGGACCCACCGCGGCACCCCCGUGUCCUGGAGGAGCCUCAUCCCAAAUUGCAGCCAGUAUUUACAAUGCCUUAAUGUCAGAAGAACGGUGGAUUUUUCUGCCAUUAGCAAUUGUCCAAGUCGCUGUCUCGAAGCGUUGUUCCUGUGCUUCAAAGACAACCCAGGGAACUGAGGACACAGAGUCAAACUCGACCCUCAGUCGCACGGAAGCAAGUGCAAUCAGGGAUAUUGUUCUGACACAAACAAGAGCAUAGUUUGGCCCAGGUAAUCAGCAUCUUUUCUGUUUUGCACUGGUAGUUGACAGUUCCCUUGGGGAAAUGAUUGGGCUGUGGUUAUAUUAAAUCCAGUCUUUGGCCCCAAUCAUGUGGUCCACACACAGGCAUAUUUCCCAUUAGACUGAAUGGCUGAAGAAAGGGCUGAAUUUGUGCCCUAUUCUUGUCCACAUGAUACCAGUGCUUUUCAUUAAUUGCAUUGGCUUCUAUUCUGUAGUUUCUAUGGAGAGAAAAUAGAGUCCAGGAGUUUUUCCCACUUAUAAGGAAGAUAGAUGACAUGGUGCUUGUAAGACUGCAGGCCCUGAAUAAAUGACAGGCUUGAAAUAUGUUUUGCUUAAUAACACGUUAAGUGUUUUGUAGCACCAGGACUGGUAUGAGGAAGAACGUGAUGAUUUGUCUGCAGCAGUCACACUACUGAAGUGUUGAGGUGGAUAUUGGCUAGGGCUACGAUCCCUGAACCAGAACCAGGAUUUCUUGGGUUGUAGUCCCACUACUAGCCACGACUUCCUCUGCUACCUUGGGCACAUUUUUAAAGUUACCUGCACAAGGUUCCCUGCCUGUCAAAACAACAUGGCCAAAUCCAGCUACCUGAAGGCUGCGGUGUGUUCGGUGGUGGAGGCAGUAAUGGGGUCCUGUCCUCCAAGAAAUAUUUAGCACAUCACAGAAAUCGGGAGCAAUGCCAGAUACUUUGCUGGUGUGAUCAACACAGGUCCAUGCUCUGGCUCCGUGCUCUGGAGAUGAAAAGUGCCUUGCAAGUAAGUGUCACACCUCAAAAUGAUAACUUAAGCUAUUUGAAAAGAUUGUUUUGUUUGUUUUCAGAAAAAGACUGCAGAAACAGCAUCAUUCAAGCAGUCUCUCAAAUAUUUAAGAUGAAUAUUAACACUCAAUAGAAUGAUGACCAUUACUCUUUUUCCUUCUCAUCUUUGGUUUGGUUGUCACAGAAUAGUAUUUAUCUUGCUCGCUUUGUGGUUUUUUUAAACAAUUGCGGAUAAUCAGAACAAUCAUGAUUAACACUCCAAUACAGCAACUACUCAGGAAACAUUAGUAAGGACUGCAACACUGAUUAGCUGUACAAACAAAUAUUACCGUACUCCUUUAAUCUAAGUAGCCAUAAUGGUUAUAAUGGACUCUAAGAGGCUAUUUAGUUUAUCGGUAUAGAUUGAGUUUACAACAUGUAUUCAAGUGUUCAGAGGGCACGGGAGAAGGUUCUCUUCCAGGUUGACUUGUCAAAACUUCACUAAAAUCAAUAGAUACUCACCAAUCUGGCUUCAGGCAGAAUUUGUCCCUAUGUCUUCGGAGUGGGCUUUUAGCCGGACCCAGCAGCAGAGGAAGCGAAGGUGACCACUUCUCAGGCUUUGUGGUCAGUCAGGCCUAGGAAGAAUCCACUUAAGCUGUUUUUGCUAAUGACAUUUCUGGAUGUGAGUCAAUGGACUCAAGAAGAGUGUCCGAACUGGUGAAAUGCUAGCCAAAACAUAAACAGAAAACAUUUCAGCACUGGGAUUUCAAAGCCUUCUGCAGCCUGAAAGCACCAUCUCUCAGAUUAAUUUUUGGUUUUGAGUCUAGAAUACCAUCAACAGGCUGGUAAAUGUACAGCAUCACCUUGACUUGCACUGAAAAUAUUUUUGUUGCUAUUCUUUUAAAGAUAUUUUUAUUGGUCCGUAUAUCUAAAGUAGUGCUCUCAGCAUGUGGAAGGCAAAUUUAUUGGUUUGGGGUUUAGAGUCUCUACCCAGGAAUCCACACCUUACUGGGAAGUUUUUAGGAGACCACAAAUUAACAAAGGUCACAGCAGCAGAAACAGUGGAGGAAUUUGCAGUUUUCCAAUCACCGUCAUCAAUUCUCAGGGAGAGGAGAGGGUUCUUCUUGAUGAUCCCAAUUAUUUUAAAGAAUACAGAACAACACUAGGACUCUUAAUUUCAUUUACAUAUACAAGUAACAGAUUUGAUUUUUGGAAGACUUCAUCGUUCAAUUGUUUGAUAAUUCCAGCUUGUGGGAAAAGAUUCCCAACUUUGAGCACAUCUAGAAUAAAUUGUUAUAACACUGA